UUACUUGUUACCCUUGGGGUCAUGGGAACACUGUGCUCCGUUUGUCACCGGAAUAACCCCCAAUUUCCCCGAAAGAAGAAUGAUAGACCGCCAUUGAUGCCUGGUACUGACCAAUACAAUCGAACUUCACUCAACAGAUGAUUGGAAAACACUUGUCUUGUUAUGCGAGGAAUAAUUUUCUCAGUUUUGGUGACAAGAAUGAAGAAUGUGGAGAACACGUAGCAAUUCGUGAACUAGGUGUAGUGUUUAGGGGCGGCUGCGGGCACUCGUCGUUCUCAAUAAUUCAUUUUUAUUAUUGUUUUUUUUUAGUGGGGGAGGGUUUUGUUGCUCCGUUUGGAACGUAAACAGGUAGUGAACAGGUGAUUCGUCCGGGCCCACGAUGCUCGGGAGACUCAGCAUUUCGAGAAUCGUUGAGGGGAAGUGUAAACAUUAUUUUGGGCAUCAACAACUCCUUAGAAUAAUAAAAAAUGAUGAUCACGGUCCAACGCGUAAUUACAAAUCAGAUAAAAAGCGGCAAAAAUCGAGAAAACAGUCAGAAACGAAUUUUUCCACUCACGAGUUGUCUAAAUACUUCGGGAGUAUCUUCAUCGCCGGAGGGUGUCUGGGGCUUUACUACUACUUAUGGUCAGACAGAAGGAAAGUUUACGCAUUGGAAAGAGGGCCUGGGGCGCAUAAGAAGGGACUGAAGAGUUACACGAUCGAAGAAAUAGGAAAACAUGACAAUGAAAAGGACGAACUUAAUGGAAUUUUAAACCUCCAUCUGAAAACUCAUUUCGUUACUAUUCAUUUCUACAUUAUUGAUUUCAACAAAUACUCAAACUUUCAAUCCACACAUUCAUUCGUGUUUUCCAGGCAUCAACAACUCCUUAGAAUAAUAAAAAAUGAUGAUCACGGUCCAACGCGUAAUUACAAAUCAGAUAAAAAGCGGCAAAAAUCGAGAAAACAGUCAGAAACGAAUUUUUCCACUCACGAGUUGUCUAAAUACUUCGGGAGUAUCUUCAUCGCCGGAGGGUGUCUGGGGCUUUACUACUACUUAUGGUCAGACAGAAGGAAAGUUUACGCAUUGGAAAGAGGGCCUGGGGCGCAUAAGAAGGGACUGAAGAGUUACACGAUCGAAGAAAUAGGAAAGCAUGACAAUGAGAAGGACGGAAUUUGGGUGUACUACAAGGAUGGAGUUUACGACAUCACGAAAUUCGUUUCUCAGCAUCCUGGGGGGUCCGGUAAGAUCAUGAUGGCAGCUGGGGCCUCGAUCGAGCCCUUCUGGGUGAUCUUCGCUAAUCAUGAGGUUCCGGAGGUCUAUCGCCUGCUGGAGUCCAUGAGGAUUGGGAAUGUCGAUAUGACUGAUGAGGAGAAAUCGAAGAAAGGGGAGGCAGUUUAUGAUCCCUAUGGCAAUGAACCGAGGAGGCAUAAGGCUUUGAAAGUCAAUGGGCUGAAGCCCUUUUGCGCUGAACCACCUGCUCCCAUGAUGGUGGAGAGCUUCCUCACACCAUCAGACCUUUUCUACGUGAGAAAUCACCUACCAGUCCCUGAAGUAGAUAUAAAAAACUACAACAUCGAAAUUGCAAUCGAUGACGACACCCAAAAGGUUCUGACCCUUGAAUCAAUAAAAAAAUAUCCCAAAUACACGGUAACAAGUGCUGUUAUGUGUGGGGGAAAUAGAAGAUCAGAAAUGAAUGCUGUGAAGCCAUUACGAGGAUUGAGUUGGUACGUUGGAGCAGUUGGAAACGCCGCGUGGUCAGGUGCUCGCCUCUGCGACGUUUUAUCAGACCUGGGGAUCAAUGAGGACGACUGGGACCACGUGCAGUUCGAGGGACUGGACCUGGACCCUUCAGGGCUGCCCUAUGGAGCCAGCAUCCCCAUCAGCAGAGCCCUGGACCCAAAGGCAGACGUCAUCCUCGCUUACGAGAUGAACGGACAGUCCCUUCCUCGGGACCACGGCUUCCCCAUCCGAGUGAUUGUUCCAGGAGUCGUUGGGGCUAGGAACGUGAAGUGGCUCGCGAGGAUCAUCAUCGCGAAGGAGGAGAGCCCUUCCCAGUUCCAACGAGGGGAUUACAAAGGAUUUUCUCCUAGUACUGAUUGGGAUACUGUGGAUUUUUCCAAGUCUCCUGCCAUUCAGAACAUGCCUGUGACGUCCGCUAUUUGCAAUAUUGUUCCUGGAGAAACUGUUCGGUUGAAGGAUGGAAAACUUAACGUUAAAGGAUAUGCUUGGUCAGGUGGAGGUAACAAGAUAAUCCGUGUAGACCUCACAGCAGACCAGGGGAAGACCUGGUACGUGGCAGAGCACAUGCAGCAUGACACACAGGCCAAGGAGGGAAGACACUGGGCCUGGAGCCUCUGGAGUGGAGAAAUUCCAGUCGAUCCAAAUGCCUCGGAAGUGGAGAUAUGGGCUAAAGCUGUGGAUUCCUCGUACAAUGUGCAGCCAGAGAGCUUUGAGAAUAUCUGGAAUCUCAGAGGAUUGCUGUGCAAUGCCUAUCAUAGAGUUAAAGUGAAAAUUCAGAAGUGAUUUGUCAAUUUGAAUUAAUUUACAAUGCUUUUUUCAGAUGAUAACAUUUUCAGUAAAAGUUUCUCCCAGUUAUUUUAAAUUCGUUAGUUCUAGACAUAUUUCCAGAACAAUUUUGGAUAAAAUUUUUAAAUUUGUAAUUUGGGAUUCAUCAAUUAUUUUGAGAUCGACUGAUGCUAGAGGGAAAUAUCGAAAGACUUUAGUUUUUAAAUUAUUAGUUUCAGUGAAUUUUCUACAGAAAUUAAUUCAAAUCAUUUAUUUUUUAUUCUUCUAUGCACUUGAAUGUAAUCCAUGAUUUUGUUUAAUCCAAUAAAAAAAUAAAAAAUAAAAC